GGUCAGGGAGCCGCCAACCCCAGGAAGCAGAACCCGGCUCAGCCGUUCAUCUUGGCUCCGGUCCGACCACCCGUCGCCUUCCGCCGCCGCGCCGGUCACCCAGACCGCCGGGCGCCUCCUCUCGCCCCGCGCACCAUAUAGCCUCCGCUCUCCCUCCUCCCCACCGCCGACCACCCCUCUCGUCUCGAGCAUAAAAAAAAGGAGACCGCCGACCACCCAGCGAGCCAGCAUCCCGGACGGCGAGCCGCCGCGAUGGGCGUCCCGUCAAUCGACUGGGUGGCGGAGAGCCACCCCGCCUACGCCGACUUCGCGGCCCUCCCCUUCUUCGCCACCUUCUUCCUCGCCGCCCGCUUCCUCCUCGACCGCUUCGCAUUCGAGCGGCUAGCCAGGCGUCUGAUUUUCGGGAAGUGGGAUGCGAGGCUUGGCUCCGAGACAGACGCAGAGAGGAUGAAGAUCAGAAAGUUUAAGGAAUCCGCCUGGAAAGGCGUUUAUUUCCUUUCGGCGGAAUUUCUGGCAUUAGCUGUGACGUACAACGAGCCAUGGUUCACGAGCACAAUGAAUUUCUGGGUUGGACCAGGAGACCAAAUUUGGCCAGAUCAAACAAUGAAGUUUAAACUAAAGGGGGUUUACAUGUAUGCUGCUGGUUUUUAUAUGUACUCAAUAAUUGCCCUUCUCUUUUGGGAAACAAGGCGUUCAGACUUUGGCCUUUCGAUGACUCAUCACAUAGCAUCUGUUUUUCUCAUUGUAAUGUCGUACAUAUUCAGAUUUGCACGAGUGGGUUCAGUUGUGCUUGCCGUUCAUGAUGCAAGUGAUGUGUUCCUGGAGGUUGGAAAAAUUUCUAAGUACAGUGGACGCCAAUUGCUUGCUGAUGUAUCAUUUCUUCUUUUCGUCAUUUCUUGGGUGAUCCUUCGCCUGAUAUAUUUUCCAUUCUGGAUUCUCUGGAGCACUAGCUAUGAAAUUGUUCAUAUUUUGAACAAGGAGAGACAUAAAUUUUAUGGGCCGAUAUACUACUAUGUGUUCAACUGUCUUCUGUUCUCCCUCCUUGUUCUACACAUAUAUUGGUUUGUCUUAAUGAAGCGAAUGCUCGUGAAGCAAAUUCAGUCUAAAGGGCAUGUUGGAGAUGACAUUAGAUCUGAUUCGGAAUCUGACGAGGAACAUGAUGAUUGAUUAUUUUCAAGAACAUAACAAGAGGAUUGAUUGAACUGUGUAGAUUCUGGAGGUCAAGAGGAGCAUGAUGAUUAGUUGAUCUGUUUCUGUUUUACCCGUUUCAUUAUUGCAUAUAAAGCUGAUAUAUUACCAUGAUGUGCCAUGUCCCUGAAUCAUUGUUCUGUUCUGCUAGUCCGUCUCUGUGAAUUUCCUAAAUAGAUGUCAGGCGAGCAUUUUCCAUUUAUGCAUACUUAGGUCAAACUGAAUAGUAUCACACAGAUACAAUACUUCAUGGAAGUAUGAGCUGUGUAUAUAUCUGCCUCUACCCCUUCAUACUUCAAACCUUUGCUAGGAUUCUAAUCAAAUUGGUCAACAGACAACGUCAAUAAAUUUUUCUCAACAUAGCGCGACAGCAUAUUGAAAUUUAUGUGCCUUUCUCAAAGAAAGAAUUCAUGCUCACUUUUACUUGACAUAGCAAGGGAGUGUAGUGCAACUACGCCCCUUUCUCAGAGAAGGAUUUAAUAAUCCAUACUGCACUAGCCAAGAAAUCUCAUUCUGGUGCCUUUGUGUGUUCCGAAACUGAUGUCGUAAACCAUUAUCGAAAUCAUGUGUGAACCUGCACAUAUCAUUAGCCCAUAGUAGUAAUUAUUCUUCCGAAGUGUGUACCCAUGGUUUAUUGUUAUGUAUGUCUCUGUUAAUGUUUAGCCAUGAUGUUUCUUAUUUAAUGUCCUCGCAGAUCACUGAUAUUGGAACUAUGUUGUUCAAAAUAUGUUAUGUUAUUAAUAACUACUAUGCUCCAUGUUUAUCCAAGGCAAACCAGAGUUCUUCAUCUUGACAUGUAAAAAUGCUACUAACAGUAGAAGUCCCAACCUUUGUUGCUACUCUUGUUAAUCGCGUGAAAUACUGGAAUUGUUGUUUGAUGUUUUCUCUUAUGUCAUACUUCACAUUUACGUUGGACUACACAAUGAUUUGUCUUCAUAUGGUCUCAGAGAAAACUUAAAUGAUUAACAAGAGAUUUCGGACACUUGCACAAUGCACGAACCAUAUGAUUACGGUGCCCAUCAUUCCAUGUGUCUGUCAACACAUUUUUUGUUAUCUCAUUACAUCAGAACCAUGGAGCAGUAUUAUAACUACUAGUAUCUUGUAGGGCUGGUGGUGACAGCAUGUGGUCCUCCUCAUGCUCUAUAUCUGAUCUUUUAGCGAAUCGACCCUUGAUCCGCGGUCGUGCUUCUGCAUAUGCUUUCCUUGUUGCAUACCUUAUGGUUUUCUGAAACUUCCUCGUCUGCUUCUUCUCCUUGUACCUGAGGACCCUGGCCUCUCUGUCCAUGGAGUUGAAGUGCACUGGCAUCUGAAGUGAAUGGCCUGAGAGCUCCAUGGCUUCACUGCUAGUCAGGAUGUUGCUGUUUGAGAUAUCUGGUCUGGUGUUGUCCGGUACUAUACCCACCUCCAUUGAUGAGAAAGAUAUCUGAGAUAGAAUCGC